UUAAGAGUUCCCUUCACUGGAACUAGGGGGCCAAGUCCAACCCCGGAAAAACAACCCCACACCAUAAUCCCCCCUCCACCAAACUUUACACUUGGCACCUGUCAGGAAGCACCAUGCAAUCAGGCAAGUACUGUUCUCCUGGCAACCGCCAAACCCAAACACGUCUAUCGGAUUGCCAGACAGAGAAGCGUGAUUGGUCACUCCAGAGAACACGUCUCCUCUGCUCUAGAGUCUAGUGCAUUGCACUUGGUGAUGGAAGGCUUGGAUGCAGCUGCUCAGCCAUGGAAAGCCAUUCCAUGAAGCUCUCUACGCACUUUGUUGGGCUCAUCUGAAGGCCACACCAAGUUUGGAGGUCUUUAGCUAUUGACUCUGCAGACAGUUGGCGACUUCUGCGCACUGUGCGCUUCAGCAUGCGCUGACCCCGCCCUGCCAUGUGACAUGGCCUACCACUUGGUGGCUGAGUGGCUGUUGUUCCCAGUGGCUUCCACUUUGUUAUAAUCCCACUAACAGUUGAGCGUGGAAUAUUUAGUAGCCAGGAAAUGUUACGGAUGGACUUAUUGCCCAGGUGGCCACCUAUCACGGGACCACGCUUGGAGUCACUGAGCUCCUGAGAGCGACCCAUUCUUUCACCAAUGUUUGUAGAAGCUGUCUGCAUGCCUAGGGG